UCCACCUGGAGCAGCGCGCAGACACUCAGACGGGGACAGGACCGGGAGGCCAGGAGACCCGGAGCGGGACCUGCAGGAUCCGCGAUCCGGCCGCGGGCUCCCGACAUGCUGGGCACGGUGAAGAUGGAAGGCCACGAAGCUCCGGACUGGAGCGGAUACUACAGCGAGGAGGUGUACUCCCCAAUGGCCAGCGCUGGGAUGGGUUCUGGUCUGGGGAUGGGCUCCAUGUCCGGCUACAUGUCGAGCACUGGGACCACGUCAGGUUCCUUCAACAUGUCCUAUAGCGGCACUGGUCUCAGCCCUGCCCCCGUAGGAGCAAUGGCGAGCUCUGCUCCGGCGGCCAUGACGGGGCUGGGCGGGGGAGUGGCAUCGAUGGGCGGGGCCUUGAGCCCAUCCGGGAUGGGUUCGGUGUCGGCCCAGCAGGCCUCGAUGGGCCUAAACCCGUACGGCCCCAUGAGCCCCAGCAUGAGUCCCGGCAUGGCGUAUGGCGGAGGCGGACUAAACCGAGCCCGGGACAACAAAGCGUUCAGACGGAGUUACCCACACGCCAAGCCGCCAUACUCCUACAUCUCCCUCAUCACCAUGGCGAUCCAGCAGGCGCCCAGUAAGAUGCUGACGCUAAGCGAAAUCUACCAGUGGAUCAUGGACCUGUUCCCAUACUACCGACAGAACCAGCAGCGUUGGCAGAACUCCAUCCGCCACUCGCUGUCCUUCAACGACUGCUUCGUGAAGGUGUCGCGCUCGCCGGACAAACCAGGGAAGGGCUCGUACUGGACCCUGCACCCGGACUCCGGGAACAUGUUUGAGAACGGCUGCUACCUGCGUCGCCAGAAGAGGUUCAAGUGCGAGAAGAAGAUGUCGGCCAAGUCAGACAGCAGGAAAGAGCAGGUGGGCGGCAGCGGAGGCGGGGCUGCGUCUCCCGCAGGGGAUGCUCUCAAAACUCCGGGACUCCUAGACUCCUCGCUGCCCUCCUCCAGCCAGGCUGCUUCGCCCCCCGGGCUGGACCUGCGGGGAGGCGUGGGCGGGCCGUCCGACCUGAAGGUGUCCAGUGCCCAGCUCCUUUCCUCGCUGUCACUGCCCCCCCACUCCAUGGCUCACGAGUCGCAGCUCCAUAUCAAAGGAGACCCGCACUACUCCUUCAACCACCCGUUCUCCAUCAACAACCUGAUGUCGUCCUCGGAGCAGCAGCACAAACUGGACCUGAAGGCCUACGAGGCCCUGCAGUAUUCCUCCUACAACACCGGGGUGGGGUCCGGCCUCGGGGGGAGGACCAUGGAGCCGCUGGAGGCUUCCUACUACCAAGGGGUCUACCCCAGACCACUCCUCAACACCUCAUAGUAGCUGCUGCGCCUCCUGCUGGACUCUGCAUGCAGCUGUCAUAGACAUCCUGUUGGACUGAGACGGACUUCUGAACUCCUGCACUGUGACCGAACCGGGACGCCAACAGACAUGAGACUGACCCCAGGUCUGUGAUCUGCUUUUACACACGAGUCACAAAUGAUCUGAGGUACAAAAACAACAACCGGGUCAGACUUGAACCAGAGUCCAGAUUGUGAUCCACCUGAAGAACCCUGGAAGGUAAACCGCAGGGUUCUGCUAGGAGGUGGAGCCUGGGAGUCCUGGUUCUGAGUCUGAUCCUGCUUUGGUUGGGGACACAGAGAAAUCCAGUACUGCAAAACCAGUGUCAUCGGACCCGUUCAAAACUCACCGGUGUAACCAGACUCCCUUCAGCAAUGUCAGUCUGCAUGCAGGCAAAGCCAUACCAAACUUCAUUCAAGUUUUAAGUAAUUUAAUGUUAGUUUUCAUGUAGGCAAAUCCAAGACAAACUCUGUAUGUAAGCAUGAAUAUCCGCAGUUAGUGUGGGUACUGCGGCUAGUUUAACAUUAGUCUGCAUGUAGCAUGAGUUGUGACCAAACUCCAUUCAAAUAUCAGUAAAUUUAACACACAGACGUGAGGUUUGAAUUAGUGGCUGCUGCAGGUAAAGCUGCAUUAGCUAAAUGAUAAAACACCAAACAGUUCUGUAAGUUUAAAGUGUGAAGACCUUUAGGUUUCUCUGAUCCAGGUCAGAGACUCGGUUCUUUAAGGACUCGGUCAGAACUCUGCUGUCUCUGAGAUCCUGGCCAGCAGCACACAUUAACAUUGACCUUUCACCCUCAAGUGUGACCGAGCAUGGCUGUUUCGGCUCAGGCAUCUGUGAAACUGUUGGUGUCCCUCAGAGGGCCACGAGCCGCAGGUUGAGCCACAGUGGUUUGGAGUCCUGCUUAGAGCAAGGUCAAAGGUCACACUGCAGAUGUUUACAAACACACUGAUGAUCAGGACUCGUCUUUCUGAUCAGGAUUUAUUUCUCCCACGACCUUGUCUGCUCCUCUGCUGACCUCUGGCCGGGUCGCGCGGCCCAGCCUGAGAACCUGCCGCUCAGAUGAAAGGCUUUUCAUUUAAAGGAUCAUUUCACCCCAAAAACAGUCCCGCUCUGCCAUUCUCUCCAUUCUCUCCUCGCCGCCGUUUGGGCUGCAGGAAGCACUCGGUCAGGAAAAGUGUUCAGAAUAUUGAAGUUAAAGUCCUCUGACGUCGCCGUUACUAACAGAGAAAAUUAAAAUAUUUGUAGUCAUUAAAAGUUUACAGAGAUAAAUAAAUUUCCUGAUACAGCAGCUUCUGUUUUAAACGAAACAUUCAUCUUAGCAGGGUCACGGAGCAGCACGACGACAUGUCUGAUUUUCAAAUCGAACGCAAACAAGUUAAUUUGACUUCCUGUGAAGCUGAAGAUCGCAGACCCAGAGUGAGGGUCACACAACACUCAGCAUCCACACAAACCCACACGACCUUCACUCAUCAUCCACACACAGGUGAGGCUGAAGCUGCUUUCAGGGUUUCAGUACUUUUACUCAAGUAACUUCAUUCUGAGUACUUUUACUUGACAAACUUCAGACGUUUAUGUGCUGCUGCAGUUUGUCACUGGAACUUUUUUAUUGAUCUAACAAUUUAUAGACGUGCAGCUGAGACGAUCGAUCAGUGAUUUGAUUAUUUAUGUUUUUCACUGAAAAAUAUUUGCUGCUUUUCUUUUUACGUUUGAGGAACUAUUUAAAAAACCAAACAACAGCAGCACUUUAAAACAAGCUCGACAGAAACAAGAAACAAACCCGAUGAUAUAUAUCAAUAAUUAGAGAGUAUUUUUACUCUGAUUACUGUUAGUAUUCAGUGUAACUCAAACCGGUCAUGGUUUUCAGAUAUAAAAUCAAACGAGUUCGAGCUGAACGAAAGAAUCAAGACAAAAAAGAAUCGUUAAUGACAGUAAACUUCUUCUCACAGGGUUAAAGCACCUGCGUCACGUGACCGGCAGAAAAGCACCUGAUCCAUUUUAUCCAAUCACAAACUAACCACAUAAACCUGAAUUACAUCAUAACUCAUCAUUAUUGUUAUUUAAUGGUUGGUUUGGGGUGGAAUAACCUUUAUUACAUUUUAAUUCAUCGCCAGUUCAUCGUCUGUCACUUAGUUUCAAACUGGAGUUAAACUUUCAAAAUUAGUUGCAAGAAGCUUCAAACUAGGAGGAGUGUUGGAGCACUUCCUGCUUCUGAGCAUGCUCUGUAGCUCACCUGUGUUUUAGCGCUCCCCCCGACGUGACCGGAGACACGAGGCCGCAGGAAGUCUGCCAGCGGUGCCCUCCAUGCCAGACUGUGAGGAGGGCGGUUGUGACAUCACAGCCUGGGAUGAAGGGCGUGGCGUUCUGUCGCUGAGGUGUACCGGUCACUUCCUGCUCGCCAGUUUAACCACCUGACGGCACCUGCAGCAGAGCAUGACCUCACAUGACCUCUGACACGUAAACAGGAAGCAGAGAGACUCACGAGACUCAAUAAUCAACAACGGAUCGAGCGCUGGGUUCAUCCUCCAAUCAGUCGAUCGAUGAUCUGAUCGAUCGGUGACUCUGUGUGUAGAAGCAACAUCACUUCCUGUCUGUGUAUUUAACCCAUCACAAUUAUUACUUAUUGAUUAUUACCAUGUGCAUGAAUGAAGUGGGAGGUCUUCUUCUUCUCCUUCUGUCGCGUCCUCGUCGUGUGUUUGUCCUUCGUUGGUUUUGAUGCAUGUUUUAACUUAUUCUGUCAUUUUCAAAUAAAAACAUGGAACGCUGCAGGCUGAUCGGGUUAUUGAUUGUUGAUCGAUUCAGACGUGUUUCAUUUAUCGAUCAUUUACGUUACUGAUUACAAAACAAACAGACCGAUGUUGGAAUCAGCUGAUCAAUAAAUGUCUCUGCUGCCCUGUGAAAACCACGUAUCUCGCUCAGAGAACUGAUUUAUUUAUCAGGAGAACAAAAUUACUGAUCACUUAUGACUAAUCAAUCACGAGCAGCAGUCAGCUGAUAACAGCAGAAUAAUCAGAAC